CAGUUACAUCCAAAUAGCACAAGUUAAGAAAGGCUUAAACUAGUAGAGUCCAAAAUUCCCUCCAAGUCCAGAAAUUUGUUACUAGGACUCGCUGGGCAAAACCCUAGCGCUUUUUUGUUAAGUCCUGUAGGUACCCCUUAAACCCCCUGAAAACUAUCCAAUGUAGCGAACAAUUUUUUUUUCUUCAGGCAAAUUCUCAGGUAAGAAUAACCAGAAGACCUACUCUGUGUACCAGCAACCAUGUAUCCUUGGGGCUGGUAUGACAGUUUAUAGUUUGGUUAUAGUUUUAGAAUGGUUUUGUGUGGACGGUGUUUGGUGCUGCAAAUGCAGAGGGGAAUGGCACGCGUGCAAUGCGUAAACGUGCCUUCCCGAGCCCUCAUGUUUGCGCGAGGGGCCGCCUAUAAAAAAAUGAAUGCCACCAGUACUUAUAUAAAACCGUUCACGACAGCUCUCACAUCCUGUACUCAAGGCAGUGAACACGGCAGAAAUGGAGACACUCGAUUGGCUUCUUUACAAAAGAUGUUAGAAAUGUCAAAUAUAAUUCUUGAACCAUAUGCACGACGUAAUCAGAAUGUGAGGUGCCUCUGCCCACAGUGUGAAGGAGGAAGCACAAAGGAGAAAAGUCUGUCAGUUUUUAUUAAUGCAGAAGGAAAUCAUGCAAUGUGGAACUGUUUUAGAGCUAACUGUGGUUGGAAGGGAAGCACAAAGACAACUGGCACGCCUGUGCGUUCGUCCCAUUUAUUGGGCACUGCAGAUACAGUGAAUGGUGCUUCAAUUUCUGGAGUUAAGUAUAGGAAGAAACUCACGGAGGAUAAUCUGCAGUUGAAAGAAGUUUCUAUGGAGCAGAUCUCCGAUUACUUUGCUGCGCGUUGUAUAUCCAGAGAGACGCUACAUAGGAAUGGGGUGAUGCAGGCCAUAAGAAAAAAUGAGACUGUUAUCGCAUUUACAUAUAGAGUGAAAGGACAGAUUGUUGAUUGCAAGUACCGUUAUGGGCUGAAGCAGUUUGAGCAGGAAAAUCCUUAUAAAGUUAUUCCUUAUGGUCUGGAUGAUAUUGAGGGAGCUAAAGAAAUUAUAAUUGUUGAAGGAGAAAUUGAUAAAUUGUCCAUGGAAGAAGCUGGCUACAAAAAUUGCAUCAGUGUUCCUCCUAUAGAAAAGGACUCAAUAUUUCAGUAUCUAUACAAUUUCAAGGAAUACUUUGAUCAGGCGAUCCAUAUUAUUUUAGCAACAGAUGCAGAUGAGCCUGGCAAGGCUCUUGCAGAAGAAAUUGCUCGACGUAUUGGGCGUGAAAAGUGCUCACGAGUUGUAUGGCCAAAAUUAACAGAAGACAAGUUAUGCAUGGAUGCAAAUGAGGUUUUGCUUUAUGCAGGAUCACAAGGCUUGAAGAAAGUAAUUUGUGAUGCUGAACAUUAUCCUAUUCGAGGAUUGUAUAGUUUCAGUGAUUAUUUUGAUGAAAUUGAUGCUUAUUAUCAAUGCCGUCUGGGAAACGAGCUUGGUCUUUCAACUGGAUGGGCUGGGGUGGAUGAACUUUAUCGGGUUGUUCCAGGGGAGUUAACAAUUGUAACAGGAGUUCCCAAUUCAGGAAAAAGCGAAUGGAUUGAUGCCCUCAUGUGUAAUUUGAAUCAUCUUAAUGGUUGGAAGUUUUCUCUUUGUUCCAUGGAAAACAAGGUUCGAGAGCAUGCUAGAAAGUUGCUCGAGAAACAUAUAAAAAAACCUUUCUUCCCCACGAGAUAUGGAGAUUCUCUUCGUCGGAUGAGCGUCGAUGAACUGGAGCAAGGAAAGAUGUGGUUGAAUGAAACAUUUUGUCUAAUAAGGUAUGAAGAUGAAGCACUUCCAUCAAUUCAAUGGGUUAUCAAACUUGCAAAGGCGGCAGUUUUAAGAUAUGGCAUACAGGGUUUGGUGAUUGACCCAUACAAUGAACUUGAUCACCAGCGUCCAUCUAAUCAAACAGAAACAGAGUAUGUAAGUCAGAUGCUUACAUUAGUAAAGCGCUUUGCUCAGCACUAUGGUUGCCAUGUAUGGUUUGUUGCCCACCCAAAACAGCUACAAAAUUGGAAUGGUGAACCUCCCGGUCUCUACGAUAUCAGUGGUAGUGCUCAUUUCAUCAACAAAUGUGACAAUGGGAUUGUAAUUCAUAGAAAUAGGGAUGAGAAUGCUGGUCCACUUGACCAAGUGCAGGUGCUUGUUAGGAAAGUGCGAAACAAAAUGGCUGGCCAGAUUGGUGAAGCAUACCUGUCAUACAAUAGUUUUUUUUGUGUUUUGUACGCAGGGUCACUGGUGAAUAUUUUGAUGUUAUGCGGUGAACUCCAAAUCAUCCUGGAUGAUAUAAUCUACUCAAUUUUGUCACAAAUUAGUAUAUUCAUUAUUCAAUUGGUGUACAUGGACAGCAUUCCAAGUACAUCCUUUUUCCUUUUGAAUCUUACUGCACUUCCAAACAGCAGCUUGCCUUUGAACAUUGCCUUUUACUAUUCAGCAAUCUCUGGCACGAAACUAAAGGCAUGAAUGCUUCUCCACACAGUAGACAGUCAAAAGAGAGGAAUCUCACAAAUUAAGCAGCCAAGAAAUGGGUCAUAGUAGUGGUAUGGAAAUUGCUAAGACAAAGGCCAGCCAGAAUGAAUUGAGCGGUGGCCAUCAGCCAGAAAGCACUCAGGCUGGGAUCAACCGAAACGAAUUUAACUACAGCUUUUUUUUAAAAUUAUCCAAAUUGACCAAUCACAAACAGGUGAAAUUCUUUUCAUUCAUUUGAAGAUCUCAGUUCCGUGGAUACAAGGACAGUCGCCUGGUGUGUAUGGUUGUAUCUUAUUUGCAUCCGACUAAACCAUUUUUUAGUGUGCAAUGCACCAGGAUUAUUUUUUGGUAAAUUUUUGUUUUAUAUUCCACUCUCGAGAUCGUUGUAUAUAAAAAUCAUAUAUACACAUUUAUAGUUCUAUUUCCUUUUCUUGAUUACUUAAUAUCUGAAAAUGAGCAUUUGAAUCAUUUAA